AUGAAUUGGCAGGAACCAUGCAUUGUUUUCUCUCCUCACUGGAGUCUACGGCUAGGUCCUGCUGUUCAUUUGCUCCAGCGUUGGUCUGGGGAUCAAAACUCUCUACUCAUUCUUGAGAGUGGACCGGAUGUUGAUCUGGCUCUCUUGCCUUUCAAGCCUAUGGAAAUGAAGGUUCUUGAAUGCUCAUUUCUCUCUGGCAUAAGGUUGCAGAAUGUUGAACCUUUGCUGAAGAUAUUGCAACCAAAAGUUGUUCUGCUACCUAAAGAUUUGAAGCAGAUUAGCUCUUUGAAAUCAAAUUCAUGCUCGACCUUUCAGUACUGCGUUAAUGAAACGUUACAUAUACCAAGCUUGAAGAACAAUUCAGAACUAGAGAUUGCAACAGACUUAGCUUCCCAGUUUAAUUGGAGGAACUUGAAACAAGAAAAUAUUAAUAUGACGAGGUUAAAGGGAGAGCUCUGCGUAGAUCAUGGCAGACAACGGUUGUCCACUGGCAAUCAAGAGUCCCCAGAGAGUAGACCGCUGGUACACUGGGGUUCACCUGAUUUGGAGAAGCUUUUGGUUGUGUUAUCAAACAAGGGCAUCAAGGCAAUGCUUGGGGAUGCAUUUGGUUCUGAAUCAGAAAGUGCUUCUCUAGUACAUGUCCAUGAUCCCAACCAAGCUCUUAUAGAAAUCAGAACAACAAGCACUGUUAUUAGUACUGCUGAUGAAAGUUUGGCUUCCAUUAUUUUUGAAGCUAUAGAGGCGACAGUGAAGGCGGCCAGAAGGAUUUCUACCUUACUACCUCUCUUUGCUUUAGCAACUGGACAAAGGAUUAGCUUCCAUAAGUCCUUUCCUUUUUUCCAAAAAUGUUUCUAAUGCUUGCCGACAACAAUUGGUCCAAUUUUAGCAAAUACAACAUAAAGUUACUCUGGAAAGGCAUCUUGGAAUAAAUAAUAUCCUGAAGUGGAAGGACUCCUUUAAUACCUCGGAUUUCCUGGACUGCUCAGAGGAAAUUCUCUUCUUGGAAAGGUAACUUACUGCAGCUCCUAUUGCAAAUAGGGCCCCUAUUUCCAUCCUUUCCCCAGAUUUCCUCUAAUAUUGCUGGUAAUUUGUCUUAAUAAUUUGUCUCGGUAAUUUUUCUGGAGAAAGGAUGGACAUAGGGCCCCUCCUAUUGCUUGGAAGGAAAUCUGUUAACCUUGCAGCUCUUGCAAAAUUGGGUUGGAAUGUUCUUAAUUGCCUCAAAAAUGGUGAGUUCAACUUGUAUGAAAAAUUUAUUAGUUUCAUCACUCCUUUUUUGCUGCUCCUGGAAAGCAAUUUCGGAGGCUAGAGAUCUACUUUGUAAUGGUAAUGAACCGUUGGUAAUGGUGAGCUUAUCUUUUCCUGGACUCGUAUUUGAGUCCUUUUUCCUCUAUUCCAUUCCUUGAUGUCUCUCAGCAGAGUAAUAUUGAUUGGGACCUAAAGGUUUGUAAUUUAUUCAAGAUGGUCGUUGGAAUG